CGAAGCUAGUGCCAAGGUACAUCCAGAUUCAGAAGAAGUAAUGAAAAAGCUCUUUACUUGGCUAUUAUAUGUUGAUGCCAAUGCUUUAUAUACUGGAUUGAUGAUGGAAUCUAUGCCAACGGGGGGACAUAGAUGGACAACACCAGAAGAAACUCCAGUUCUUUUUGAUAAAAUUACCAAGUGUAAGAUUUCUGAUGACGCAUUCAAAAGUUAUAUUCUUGAGGUAGACCUUGAUUAUUCAUACAAAUUACACAAAGCCCAUUCCUCAUAUCCGUUAGCUCCUGAAAAUAUCGAGAUUUCUAAAGAGGAAAUGAGUAAAUAUGAACAAGAGAUUAUUAAAGAUUUAAAAUAUUAUACAAAAACUAAAAAACUCGUCCCCAAUCUUAAUAAUAAAAAGAA